AUGGACAAAUACACCAAAGCCGUCACCCUAAUCGACGCCGCGCACGCCCAAGACCCCAAAAUCAUCACCCCUCCCAACGACCCCACCCCAAUCCCCUAUGAACUCCACUACGCCAACAAAAUGACCAGAUACCUCUCCCUCCGCUGCCCCUCCGCACCCGAAACCCUCCGUCUCGCCAUCCGCGCCCAACACCUCAAGCGCUGGGAGAUCCCACGGUCCUCGUACCCCAUGACUAAACUCGGGUACCAUUCCUGGCGUAGCAGCCUGCAGAAGCGGCAGGCAGAGAUCGCGGAGGGAAUGUGUUUGGAAGCCGGGUAUUCGGUGGAGGACGCGGGGAGAGUUGCGGCGUUGAUGCGCAAGGAGGGGUUGAAGAGUGAUGCGGAGACGCAGGUGUUGGAGGAUGUGGCUUGCUUGGUGUUUUUGGAUGAUCAGUUUGAGGAGUUUGAGAAGGGGUAUGAGGAGGAGAAGGUGUUGGGGAUUCUAAGAAAGACGUGGGCGAAGAUGUCGGGGGAGGGGAGGGAGCUGGCAUUAAAGAUUGAGAUGUCGGAGCGGGCGAGGGCGUUGGUUGGGAAGGCUUUAGAAGGUUAG